AUGUCUCCGCCAUCGAAAUGUUUCAAGACAAUAUUAAUAUCCGAGUAUUCCCAGUCCAGGGAUCACUCUCGACAGGCUACUCCCAACCCUCCAUACAUGGUGGACAACCAACACAAUUAUUACAAAACUGCACCAGACAAAGGAGAACAAAAUGGGCCAGUAUGGGUUGAGUCUGGUAGUUUUGAGGCCUACAUGUCACAGCACUUAAAACAACUUAAUCGCGCCUCUGUUGAUGUUUCUGAGGACUUAAACAAAGCUGCUGGAAGUGCUCCAAACACUACUGCUGCUAGUAGCUACUGGUUGCCGAAGCUUGCCCGUUUGGGAGUUCAACCCCUUGCUGGAGCCGAUUACAAGUUUUACCGAGAUGUUGUGGAGUAUGGUGCUGAUAAUACAGCAAUUGAAGAUGGCGACCGAUGCGGAUUGGAAUGUGGGAAUACAUUUGCAAAAGGCGCUAUCAUCUAUUUUCCUCCGGGAACAUAUAAAAUCUGCCGCCCUAUCAUUCAGCUAUACUAUACUCAGUUCAUUGGUGAUGCUUUGGACCCGCCUACAAUCAAAGGGUGUGAUACCUUUCAAGGCAUUGCCCUUUUUGAUACAGAUCCAUAUGUUCCUAAUGGUAAUGGUCAAAAUUGGUACAUCAACCAGAAUCAGUUCUUCCGUCAAAUUCGGAAUUUUAUUUUUGACCUAACUGAGAUGCCUCUCUCGACGGCUGACCAUGACCAGCCGCUUGUACCAACAGGUAUCCAUUGGCAGGUCUCUCAGGCUUGCUCAUUGCAAAAUUUGGUCUUCAACAUGCCUAAAGCGACUGACAGUAACAAAGUCACUCAUGUUGGCAUUUUCAUGGAAAAUGGUAGUGGGGGAUUUGUCUCCGACUUGGUAUUCAAUGGGGGGAAUAUUGGCUGGCGUGCUGGCUCCCAGCAGUAUACAGCAAUGAAUCUCAAAUUCAAUGGUUGCCUCACUGCAGUUCAAAUGAUUUGGGACUGGGGAUUCAAUUGGCAACGUAUUGAGGUUGAUGGUGGAGCCAUUGCCUUCAAUAUUAGUGGCAGGGGUGGUGACACUGGCCAGGGUGUAGGUUCGGUUUCUAUCAUUGUUAAGAGUGAUGAUGGUGAUGUCAUUCUCGAUGGCACUAAUCAUGUUGGCCUCUGGGCAAUGGGACGUCGCUAUGAUGGAUACAAUGGAACUUACAUUUCAGGUGAAGUUGAUGCACCUAAAAAAGGAAAGCGCCUGCUGGAUGACGAUGGCAAGCUCUUCUAUCGACCUCGCCCUCAAUACGAGGACCUCAAGGUAGACGAAUUUCUGAUUGCUACCGAACAUGACUGCAAGAAUGAUGGAACCGGGGAUAAUACAGGAGACAUUAAUGCUUUUCUUGAGAAGGCCAAAAAGGAACGCAAAAUUGCGUACUUCCCAGCAGGUGUCUACAGAGUUGGUGGCACUGUAUUCAUUCCAACAGGCUCUAGAGUGCAAGGUGCGAGUUGGUCACAGAUACAAGGAGCUGGGUUUUACUUCAAUGAUAUUCAUAAUCCACGUGUGGUAGUGCAAGUUGGUGAGAAAGGUGAUGUAGGUGACAUGGAGAUAGUUGAUAUGAUGUUCACUGCUCAAGGAGCUACAGCUGGCGCCAUCCUUGUUGAGUGGAACGUGCAUGAGGACAGUCAAGGGUCUGCUGCUAUGUGGGACUCACAUAUUCGUGUGGGAGGAGCUGCUGGUACAGAUCUAGAUAUAGAGACUUGUCCAAAGUUUGAGUUUAGUGAUGCUUGUAUUUGUGCUUCACUCUUGUUCCACAUCACUCCCCAAGCCUCAGGGUAUUUUGAAAAUAUUUGGAUAUGGCUUGCGGACCAUGACAAUGACAAGAGUGUCUACGAUUCCCCUGAUAAGAUUGCGAAUCAAAUUAGUCUAUACGCUGCUCGUGGAACACUGAUAGAGUCUGACGGGCCGUCCUGGCUCUACGGUACUGGCUCUGAACACACUGUUAUGUAUCAAUAUCAAGUAUAUGGAGCAAAAGAUAUAUAUCUCGGCCAUAUUCAAACAGAGACUCCAUAUUAUCAGCCAGUUCCUAUAGCGCCUUUACCAUUUUCCUCUGCCAAGGAAUUUCCUGGUGAUCCAUCUUUUGAGAAGUGUAAGACCACUGGUUGUUCAACAGCUUGGGGUCUGCGCAUUAUCAAUUCAGAGGGUAUCACACUUCACAGUUCAGGAUUAUACAGCUUUUUCCAGGAGUAUUACCAGGACUGUGUUCCAACGCACAAUUGUCAAGAGCGCAUUCUUGAAGUUAAAGGGAGUAAAGAUGUUGCUCUUUUCAACACUUUUACUGUUGGAAUUGUGGAAAUUGGAACUGGAAUAAACCAUGGUGCUAUUUUCCAGAAUGAUUCAAAUCAAAGUGGAUUUACAACCGAGGUUAGCGUUUGGAUUCCUUUGGAAGGAGACGAUGAAUAUGAUAUUGUUUAUGUUGGGCCUGAAGUCUAUGAUAAGCCAUCACUUACAUGCCCAGCCGAUUGCAUUCUUGUGUUUCCUACAAGCUCGCUCUCUUCAAAAACAACUAUUGACCCUGGUAAAUAUACAACUUCUGUUGAGUAUGGGCAUCGCAGCACAACAACCAUCGGUGGACGAGAAGUACCCACAUUCUACACAACUGUCACUACGAUCACAUUGACUAUAGACCCAAUCACCACAGAUGGAAUGCCCUACUCAAACAUCAAUAUCACUGAAGGACAGACAAGUACUCCUCUCACUGUACUGCCUAGUGUUGAUAUUCCACCCAUUCCUGUACCAAUCCCGGAUGGAGAAGGGAAGACAACCACUCGCAAUAUCACAGUUCCACCAUGGCCAGCUAUUACCAGAGGACCACCGGAGAGCUGGAACAAUCCUAAUGCAUCCCCUACAGAUGGCACGAAGGAAGGAGUUUACCACACUCCUUUUGUAACCACUGUUGUUGCCACUAAACCCACUGUUUCAACUCUUUCAUUUCCAUCAACUGUCAGUCCGAUUGUGGUGAAAUGUCCACCCCACUCGAAAGUUCCUUUCAAUACUCCGAAAACAACACCUACAAUCAACUGUAGAGUUCCCACAACAGUGUCUAUCGCUUUCACUUGCCCUGCAACAAAAGUUGUUACAUUUAUUGGUUCCUCCACGGGUGUUUUCACAGUUGACUGCACUGUCUCAACAACAUUCACCAAGCCAGAUCAAACAAUUACUUCAGGGCCCACGAAUAAACCACCACCGCCAGUAUGGCCAACAUGGCCCCCUCGAGUGGUCACACCAAUUGAAGAAGAGGUCAAAAAACCAGAGCCAGGUAAAACACCAUGCAAACUCUGGUUCUUCUCUUUCUGUCCGAACGGAGACGAAGGUGAAACAAAAGGCUUACGCUGGAAUCUCCCACCGGGCAUUUACCCACCGGGCCCGCCACCCCCGCGCGCAAUAGAUCUUCCUCCAUCAUGGACGAUAAAAUCGCCUCUCCCACCCUGGCCCCCAAUCACUGUUGGGCAAGAUCGUAUCUUAACAUACCCCAAAGAGGAGCCUACUAAAUGCGAGAAAAAAUCUGCAGAAAUAUGCAUGACAACUGUAUUUAAGACAACAACCACUCGUGGAACAAUUACCUCCACAGCCUCAUCCACCAGUUCAACUUGUGAUACAAUUCGUGGGUGUUCAGCAUCAGAUUGGGAUACAACAACAACACAAACCAAACCAGAUCACUGUCCAUCACCCACAGCCAAUCCAGUGAAGGGCGCUGCAUCCAUCAUACCACCCCCUGGCUGCCCUGCAAAUGCCAUCGUUUAUCCAUCAAAUAUGAAAGAUGUGGGGCAAAUUCCUCAGAUUCUUGCUAAAUACAAGGGAAAAUAUGUCGAGAUCAAAUCAAUUGAGCUUCAGCAGGUAGCAUUCAUUUGGGUUCCUUUGUUGGACCAAGAGACCAUGGACGUCUUGUUAGAAUCUCCCGAUGUUGCAGACGCUUAUUACUACGAAACCUGGUAUGCUAAUACAAACCGGAGAGGCUCGGACUCAGACCGCAGAGCUAAACGUGAUAAUACCCCCCCUGAACCUAUAUUUCCUUAUAAACAGGGGAAUAUCAAUCAUUCGACCAGCAAUAGAGCAGUUCUGGAUGAGCAUAACACAAAUCAAUCUGCACAGUCAACUUCAAAGUCACGAUCGAACCAGGGUAUUUGGGACCUCUCUCAGGUCUCCUCUCCGAAAAAGGAAGUUUGGAACUUACCAGGCGGUUCUACCGUGGAUGGAAAUGGCGACCCUAAGUUCAACUAUGAUGAAACUUCAGGAAGAGGUCAGCAUAUAUAUAUACUGGAGGACGGCUACUACAAAGAUCACCCUGAAUUUAGAGGUGUGGACAUUGAACUUUUGUUUCCAGAUGAUGUGAACCAGCAGCCAUGGGCUCCCGAGGUAAUCCUUUCGCCUAGGGUUGAUCACGGGGCUGAGGUGGCUUCCAAGGUUGUUGGGGCCAAUUUGGGCUUCUGUGACAAUUGCAAACUCCAUGUGGCACCUUUCUUUCUACUUGGUGAUUUGUGGUAUGAACGAUUAAUCGAGCAGUUGAUGACCAUCCAGAACCGUGUGCGGCGUAACGGUUUCCAGUACAAAGCAGUCAUUAACAUGAGCUUCGACCUCGACGACGAUGUGAGAGAGGCGUGUUUGAGAAGAAUUCAUGAAAUGCUCGCGACUCUAGAUAGUUGGGGUGUUUCUAUUGUUGUCGCGGUUGGCAAUGUUGACCCGGAUUUUCCAGAUGGUGUCUUCUACCCUGCUCUCUUCGGCGAACCUGGAUCUCCAUUUUACAUGGAGAACCUUAUAAUUGUUGGAGAGACAGAUGAAGACGGCAACCAGGGACCGUCCGGUUUGUACCGGACCUGGAUAACCACUUUUGCCCCUGGAUAUGGGGUCUGGGUUCCGCAAACGCCUACAGGCGGCUACACGGUAAAGGCCGGAACCUCCCUUUCUGCCCCUCUCGUAUCUGGUUUAAUCGCAUAUUAUCGAUCGAUUCAGUCCCCCUGGCAAGACCAAUUGAAGGAUCCUGCUAACGUGAAGAAAAUGAUCAAGAUUUUUCACCGUCGCAUUGAAGUCUACGGCAAACAGAUUGACAUGACAAGGGCGAAACCUAUCAUCUGGAAUGGACAGGUGGAUACUCGUUCCUGUCUAGCUGACUAUGAUACAAUUGACGAAUGGGACCAGGGAAGAAGGUGUCCAAGAAUCAGAGAAAAACUUGAAGACGAAACAAAUGAGGGAGAAACUGUGGAGCCUUGUCAACCCGGAACUGGUAACCCGCUCAAGGAGCUCGACGGCUCUUAUUGCCCGCGCAUGCCCGGCGCCGGCGCCGGCGGCCAUACUGUUAGUUUCACCAGUAAAGCUGGAGUGAAGCCCACUCCCACAUGUGCAUCCGGAACCGGCUGUGGCGGCCACUUAUGCACAGGCUUUUUCUGUUCACCAAUGCCAACAGGAGUGCCCCCAGAUCGCCACGACCCGAAAGAUCCAAACGCAAGCAGUCGGGUGCCGACGACCACCGGGCCCGGUGACCCAGAACCCACAUGCGAUGAUAAAUGCAAGUUGGACAAAGGCAACCGAUGUUCAUGCGGUGAAAAUGGAUGUGACUCAGAAUCGCCAAGCUGCUGUGCCAAUGCCAGCUGUCCAAUGUGUGAAUGUGGGGGCAACACCUGCUCCCCCAGCUCACCAGCCUGUUGCAAGACUGAAACAUGUCAAUGGUCAUGGACUGGUGGCGGCGGAGGUGACGGAAGCGGGAAACCUCCAGGGCCCCGUCUUGGUACUUUGCUCUUUGCUUUGGACGAAACCUACACUUCGCACCCUGGGGGUGGCGUGUUGACCCGCUUCUGGAAAGUGUUCUUGUCAGAACUCCAUAAAGAGCCAAAUCCGUGCACAAGCACGCCUCUUAUAGUUGUAGACGCGUCCUCAGACCCAGAGAAUCGCCCUAAUUACCCUCCAUCGAUCGAAUUUGCAGUCGGGCCGGGGCAUAGGUGCGCAUACACAGGAAACUCAAAUGGGGCAGGCAUUCUGGAGUGCGAUGGGUCCAAACACGCUUCCUGCAAGGCCAGAGGUCUCGAUGAAAAGAAACUUUGUUUUGGCUCACCCCCGUCAACCUUCUACAUGGCUGUGGAUUGCUAUAGAGAAGCAGCAGAGCUAGCGGUCGAGAGAUCGCCGGUAGAUUGGCGUCAACGCUUCUGA